AUGCCUUCUGAAUUGUUCAACGAGGCCAAAGCUCGAAUGAAGGUCGAACUUGCCAACGCAGGACACAAAUCGAUCCUUGGGCCAACUCCUGACAACAAUCAUCCACUUCAUGAGCUCUUUCUCGACACGCGAACGCUGCUAGAAAAAUUCUUCCAAUGUGAAAGUAAAGCCGUCGCUGCAAACAGAGUAGCGUGUCGACGAUCCAGCAUUCGUAAAAGUCUCCAGAGGUACAAAGAUCUAUCAGACAGAGCCGAGUAUGAGAACAUCAAGCUUCCCCCCCAAAAGGAUUUGCCUUCUCAUGCGCAAGUCCUGGCCCUGCGCUUCGCCUCACAAAAGGAAAGAAGCAACUCGAACAUUGUCAGUCUGCUCGCAGCGCUGAAUUGGCUCUAUCUCUGGCAUAUUCCCCCGCAUUUCGUCACCAAGGCUCAAAUGCCUGAAACGAAUGACGACGCGAAAGACUUGGGCACAGAGAGUGCCCCGAUUGAAGGAGGCGACACCAACCUUGAGAUGGCGCUCAGUAUUGGCAUAACUGAUGUCGACCGCAAGCUCGAGGCGAUCCAACAUGCAAGAAAGGAUCUGGAGGACAGAUUGGCUGUAAUGAGGGAGGCCGAGGCAACUGUUCUGAAAGCCCGGAGUGCCAUGGGGCAAGUCGGGAACGCAAUGGCAAUGGCAGACAAUGCACUUUUGCAGUCGCCUAUGAGCAUCUUGGCCAGGAAACAUUGA